AAAUGUUUUAGAAUUUGCAGUAAAUUCUAGGACAGUUAUAUAUAUUCAAGCUAGACUUUGUCAUGUAAAUAUUUAUCUCACGCCCGGGCUUGGAGUAAACCUAAAAGAAAACUGAGGAAAUGAAUGAAUUCAAAGGAACUAUUAUUUUUAAAUUAGUGAUAGUUUUUCAGACUUUUGGGAAUAUAUUAACGAUAUUUGUGGAAUUAUCUGACUAUGGUGCCAUUUUAUUAGAUCCGCCUGGGCGUGGUUCCCUCUGGAGACACAACAUUUCGGGGGCACCGGUCAACUACAGGGACCACCGACAAAACUGUGGAGGGGUGCAGUCUCAGUGGAAAAACAACAACGGAAAGUGCGGACUAUGUGGAGAUCCUUGGAAUAAACCACGUGAUCACGAAUUUGGCGGGAAAUACUUUACAAAUCACAUUUCAUCAACAUAUCAAAAAGGAUCUGUGAUAAAUUUAACAGUUUUCACAAACUUAAAUCCUUCUGGUUGGAUGGAAUUCAGACUUCUUCCAUAUGACACUGAAAUCUCGUCUAUUUCACAUAAUUAUUUACUCCAUAUCGGAGAUUCUCGGACAAGGAGAUACAGGGUUCGAAGAUCCGGAUACCACGUGAUACCGGUCAGACUGCCGACAGAUGUGGAGUGUGAACGAUGUAUACUUCAAUGGAAAUUUCAUACAGGUGCUUCGUGGGGGUGUAAUGACAUUGAUCAGACUGACUGUUGCUAUGGCUGCGGAACGGAUCAGGAAGAGUUUUACAACUGUGCAGAUGUAUCUAUCGCGCAUGGGACCGGAAAUACUGAUCAGUCUUUCGAACAACAGCACGACGAACAAUUAAAAUUUAAGAGAAAACAUAUUUCGCCUAGUUCUGACUUGAUGCGAUGGUGGUGUCUGUCCCAGUGUGAGGGAGAGGAGUGUAGUGGUCCGCCAUGUUCCGGACUCUCCCGCCACCGGAGAUCCUCCAGUAUUUGUUUGGCGGCUGGGGCAUGGGCAGGACAGGCAAACAUGGACACGUGGUGCCAGAACAACUGUGCCACGGGGUACUGCCCAGCCUCGCACUGCCGGUGUCAGAACGUGAAUCCAGUCACCACAACAACCAGCACAACAACCACAACUCAAUCUACAACCAGUACAACAGUACCGACAACAACGGAAACGACAACGACGACAACCGAACAAACAACGACGCAUGCGCACUCCACUAUUACUACUACAUCACAAAAUGAAAAUGCCCCUGGUAUUGUCCGCGUGCUCGUCAGUAGGGGCUGCCAUUACUGCAAGGGCCGAAAUGAUAAUACCUGUGAAGAUCUCUACUGCCCCGGAUAUAAUGUUGCUGAUAUUAAGGACACGGGCACACUGACCCAGAAAAUCACAGAACUCUCCAACUAUUUCUGUACAACGUGUGACACUAGCGACUCCAUCUGCCAAAGGCUCUUUUGUUCCCAAGAUAACAUAAUGGUUAGCUUUGGACUGCAUACAAAAUGUCGGCUCUGCCAGAUGACGGGAGACUGCCAAAGUUAUCCAGAAUGUGAUCAGAUAAAUGGUAUAGAGACCACUACCACUACCCCGGUCACAACCACCCAACCAACCACUACCACUGCUGCCAUUAAUAUUGUUCCUUCUAAGAAGACAUGUAUAGCCAUCAAUUACUACUCUCAAAUAAUUGGAAUGAACAAAUGGUGUCAAGAUAAUUGUGGAUCCUCGACUGACGCAAGCUGUUACCCGGAUGUUUGCCAAUGUUCAGAUCCCUCGAUGCCACUGAUUCAGAAAUUAGACACUGGUGACGUCACGACUUGUAAGGCCAUAGGUCAAGUGGCUAACAUUCCCGGAAUGGACAAGUGGUGUACAGACAACUGUCCUAAUAAUUGUCCGGAGACUUACUGUUCGUGCUCCGUCAAACCUGUUACGCAGUCUCCAACAACAUCACAAACUACAACCAAAACAACAACAAAUCCCCCAACAACUACUUCCCAGACAAUAACAAUUAAAGCGACAACAACACCAGCCAGAGUAACAACAGUGGAGGACAUCGUCUCUGGAACAACAUCUAUUAAUACCACACCCGGAGUAACCAUACUGCCGCCAAAGACAACUACAGCCUCUAAAGGUAUUGGAGGUGUAGACUAUUACUCCAUCAAUGCAAUGAACGGCAUUCUGUGUAACAUAUGCAGCAGUGACCCCGGCCUCUAUCGGGAGUGCUCGGACCUUUACUGUGCCAGAUACGAUAACAGUGUUGGUGACCCAUCAGACAAAUUAAAUCGAGCUUUGAACUACUCUCCUGAACUUUUCUGUGGAGUGAAAGGAAAAGACUCCAUAUUCUGUGAACCGGCUCCCAUGAUCCGCCCCUUUAUACAAAGCUCACUCUGUUCCGCCUGUGUGUACCUAACCCCUAACCAAAACUGCCACACCUAUUGCAGCAGUUCCUGAUACACGAGAAACAUUUAUAUUCUAGAUUCUACUACGACGAAAUCCAAGAACCUGCAAGUGAUAUAUUAUUUGUGUUGUUGAUCAAACAGUAUUAACGUUGAAGUUAGAUGUUAGAGUUUUUCCCUUUAUUACCAUUUCCUUGUAACUUAGCAUGUAAAUAGACUUGUUAUUUUCCUUCUGUGUUAAAAAUGGCUCGUUUUGGGGGACCUGAAAACUUACAACAUACGCAUGUAUAUUAUGUUCAAACCAAUGAAUCAAGGUUUAUGGCGUCAGUGAUUUUAAAGUUUACGAUCUACAAUUGUCUUGUUUUGAUUUACAAUCUGACACUGUUAAAAGAUAAAUAAAAAUGUCACCAAACAAAUUUGUGAGCAUCCUGUUGUUAUAAAACGGAGUAGAUUUCUCACAGGAGUUUCCUAGAGGUCGGAAUGUUCGCUACACCCUUCACUAUGGUUAGUUGUGUAGAACGUCCAAAACAUGAUGGCAGCGACAGCGAACAUCCCCAGAAGAGGGACAGCAAUGAGCAAGCGUGACAGGAAAUCACGGCUGAAUGACCGCAUUUAAAGAAAACUCGCGCGCUACGUUGAGAUCGGGUCUAUCUAAAAAGCAGUUAAAAUAACCUUUAAU